CUCUGUGCUGUGAGCUCUCUGCCUCCUGUUGUGUGAGUCAGCAGCAGCCCAGGCAGUUAACAAACACCCAGACAAGAGAAACUGAAUGGUGCCACUAGAGCAAAAUUCAGAUACAACUGUUGCAUGAGAAAAUGUGAAGAAAGCAGAGAUAAUAGUUCACUAUUUUCUUGUCAUAUUUAUUUGACACAGUUCUUGCUGUGGUCUGAGCAACGGAUUAUCCUUUCUGAUUCCUGAGAACUGCAGCACAAAAAUGGAUGAUUCAGUAUUUUUUGACAAUCCGUUAUAUUACAUGGGUGAUUUCACUUGGAACACCAUGUUUGGACAAAGUGUCAUACUGCAGCCUGUCCCUAUCCAAAGUCUCUCUGAACUGGAGCGUGCCAGACUGCAGGAAGUGGCCUUCUUACACCUUCAAGGGAAAAAUCUGGGCUGUCAGAUUACUGUUCCUAAAGAUGGGCCAAAAAGGAGAAAAUCUUUCCUGCGAAAGAAAGACGCUCUUUCCAAAGAGAAAAAGGAUAAAGAAUCAUAUCCUUUAGGGUUUGGGAUUCCUUUAUCACAAGUCAUCCUCAAUGACCGUGCAUGUAAGAAAAAGCAAGACGCAAUGAAGGAAGGCCGCAGAGACUGCCUUGACUUGGAGUCAACAGUAAUGAGAUUUCGGGCUGAGAAGCAACAUAAACAUUUAUAUGACAGUGAUGCAUUCCUGUCAGAAAUAGUAAAUGAACCCCUCUCUCCAACUUUUCUGGAUAAUCUUUCUCGAGGCCACAGACGGGGUGCGGUGUCUGUUGAUUCCAUCACUGACCUAGACGACAACCAGUCACGAUUGCUGGAAGCCCUUCAGCUCUCUCUGCCAUUGGAACUGGAAAGGAAAAGUGUAAGAAAAACCAAAAAGAAGCUCAGCUUAAACCCCAUAUUCCGGCAGGUCCCCAGAAUAGUGCAGCAAUGCUGUCAGCAUAUCGAAAAAUAUGGUCUUCAAACAGUUGGUAUUUUUCGAGUUGGAAGUUCCAAGAAAAGAGUUCGACAGCUGCGAGAUGAUUUUGAUCAAGGUCUGCAAGUUGUUUUGGAUGAAGAACACAGUGUCCAUGAUGUCGCAGCAUUAUUGAAAGAGUUCCUGCGGGACAUGCCAGAUCCUCUCCUCCCCAAGGAACUCUACUCAGCCUUCAUCAACACCAUGACCAUGAAGAAGAAGGAACAGCUGUCCGUCCUCCAGCUGCUGAUUUAUCUGUUACCUCCAUGUAACUGUGACACAUUACUCCGAUUGCUUGAGUUGCUAUCAAAGGUGGCAAGCCAUGCCCAUGACUCGCUUGGAGAAGAUGGACAAGAGAUGACUGGAAACAAAAUGACUGUCGUCAAUCUGGCUACCAUCUUUGGCCCAAACCUCCUUUAUAGGGAGAUACAGUCUGAGAAAGACUACAGUGUGCAGGCAGCACAAGUAGAGGAAAGCUCCGCAAUCAUUGGGGUCAUUCAAAAGAUGAUUGAAAACUACUCAACCCUCUUUGUAGUUUCUCCAGAGUUCCAACAUGAAGUGUUAAUGAGUUUGAUGCAAACGGACAAUGAUGUUGUUCACUAUCUCCUGCGCAGAAAGCUGAAAUACCAAUUGGGUUCCAAUGACGAAAGUGAGAGAUUUGCAAAGGCAGAACGCCAUUGCUCAAAGUCUACAUGUGACUCCUGCAGCUCCAUAAGUGGCGGCCACACACCAAUGAACAUUUCACCCAGCUUCUGUGAAAGCCCAUCUGUGAAGGACGAGAAGGAGAUGAGCUCAGGUUCAGAGUUGUUUAAAGUACCUGAAGCACUGUCAUUCUUUGGAAAGCAUGGAAAGGCCUUUUCUACUGAAUCUCUAAAAGAUUCAUUUGAAGAUACUGGGGAAGAAUGGUCUUUUGGUCAACGGAGAGCAUCACAUUCAGAGGAGAACCUUACAACUACACUUCUUUUGGAACCAACAAAAGGUUUUGUGCAAGAUGAAGCGUGGAGGACACAAAACACAACUUUAGCUCCAAUGAACAGAUCUCCAGAUGUAUCUUUAGCAACCAGUUCCCAACCACUCUACAGCAGAUAUCAGAUGCUCACAAGUCUUAAUUGCACUCGAUUCCUCACAGGCAGCACUGAAGAAUUAAAAAAGAAUACAAAAGCAACGACUAAGCUAAGAAGAGUACGUUCAGACCUUCAUUCUAAAUGUGGAAGUCCUAUCUUACAUUCAUGUACUGAUAAAACAGACAGAAACUUUAAAAAGUUCAGUGAAGUUGCGAGCUCAACUGACAAUGAACUUAUGAGAAAAUUUCUGACUACUGAGUCUGGUUUCAUUCCUGAGGCAUCUAAGAGGUGUGAGGCACUACCAAAUGUGAAAAAUAGGGAGGAAAUGGAAGCUAAAGUGUGGGUGAAAAGGGCCACUGAAGCUUAUUCUCCAACCAAAACACAGAGACAACAGCAACUUCAGCAUUGUAAGUUCAAAGAUGAGCAGAAAAAAAAUUCUCUUCGUGAAACUGCUGUGUGAUUUGAGAAAUUUCCCAUUCAUUGAACACCUCCAAAAGGAAGUUGCUUCAGCACUUCUGGGAAUAAUUUUGACACCAUUAUUUCAUGCUGAUAGUUAGAUUUUAGACAUUAUGUAAGACUUGUCUGAUUUGCUAAUCUCAAAUCUGGCUAUUAUUUCCCUGUUAGGAAACACUACCGACAGUAUUGUUGAUUUUCCCCUUGUUGCCACCAGUAGUUGUCUCUGUGUAGAUAUUUAGGUUUAGCGAAACUGAAAUGUUUAUAUUUUUAUGCAUUUGUACUUUAUUUAAAAUGACUGAGGAUGUUUCUCAGUCUGUCUUGUUAGCCUGUACUAAGUCCUUGAAUAAUUAACACUCAAAGGAAUGUUCAGGCCUUGUGGGAUUGUAGGAAUGAAAACACAGAGAAAGGGCAUUUUGAAUUCUGAACUCCGCUCUUUAAAUGCAUUGUACAAUUUGUUCUAUAAUGGGCUUUACCAAGUUUAUUUAUUCCAGUGACUUGAGGAUAGGUUUUGCAAAUAUCUAUCCUCAACCCUUUGAAGUAAACUAGCAAAACUCCAGAAUUAUGCCUUCCUUAUAUCUAUUGCAAUGAAUUCAUAAAUUUCUAAUGUUUAUAAAACACAUUAAAUCAAUUUGCAUUGGUUAGCUUAGUGGAUGGUGCUGACUUUGUUGGUGUAUGUAGAUCAGUUCACGAUAAGGGAGCAUUCCAUUCCUAAAUUGUGCCUCAGAUCUUAUUUUUCCUCCUCGUGUUGGACUGAUAUAAUCUAGGACUUGGUGGAUUAAAACAUUACCUUCUCCACUGUAUGCAAUGCAUUUAAAUCCAAUGCUGAUGAUGAGAUGAGUGUUUCCUCUUUGCUUGAUGUGACUAUCCUAUGCUAAAUAAUCUUAUGCCAAGAUCGACCUAGUUGCUAUUGGUACUGGAACACAGGCCAUCCAUAAUAUGGUACUGGUUAGUAGAAACACUGCUAUGUGAAAUGGAAAUGUCACUGGAGACUUGAUCCUGAAAAUGGUUGUUUACAAAGCUCUAGCUUUAAUAUCUGUCAUCUUGGUAAGCACAAAGUACCAGCUAAAUAUACAAUAAGUGCUCCUCUUUAUUUUACAAAUAUUUCAAAUUAAAUCUUCCUAUCAUC